AUUCCAUCCCACUGAUCGUGUCAGUGAUGCUGCCCCUGGUCCUGGUCCAGGUCCUGGUCCAGGAGGCAUCAGCUCAUCCUCAGUGUCUGGACUUCGAGCCGCCUUUCAAACCUCAGUGGCACCUGGAGUUCUGCAGGCAGUACGAGGAGUUCGGAUGCUGUGACCAGAAAACGGACAACAUGAUCGCGGAGAGAUACUGGGACACCGUGGAGCAGCUGGAGGUGGCGGGUCACGAGCUCUGCGCUGACAUGUUGAAGGAAAUUAUGUGCCAGGAGUGUUCUCCUUAUGCCGCACACCUUUACGAUGCCGAGGACCCGUACACACCUGUCAGAGAACUUCCUGGACUCUGCUUCCACUACUGCUGCGACUUUCACAGCAAAUGUCGCCAUGUGCUGAAAUACCUGAGUGUGAACCAGGUGCUGCAGGACGCUGCCGAACGGGACGCGUCCACGUUCUGCAGCAUACUGGACCUCUCCGACAAGGACUACUGCUACCCCAACGUUUUGAAGACGCCUGACCUCAACAGCAACCUGGGUCAGGUGGUGCAGGACCCCAAUGGGUGUCUGCAGCUGUGCCUGACAGAGGUGGCCAACAGUCUCAGGAACCCUGUGCUGAUGUUGCACAGUGGUGAUGACACACACCGCAAGUUCAUCGCCGAACAGGUGGGCUUUGUGUGGGUGUACCUGCGCGACGGCAGUCGGCUGGAGCAGCCGUUCCUGGACAUGAGCGGGGAGGUGAUGACCACGCCCUGGCUGGGGGACGAGAGAGGUUUCCUGGGGAUGGCGUUCCACCCCAAGUACAGGGACAACGGACGCUUCUUCAUCUACUACUCCAUCCAGGUCGAUGGCAAACUGGGGAAAAUCCGAAUCAGUGAGAUGAAUGUGUCUGCCCAUGAUAUGAACCUGGCUGAUCAUCAAUCUGAGAGAGUCAUUUUAGAGAUUGAGGAGCCGGCUGCAAACCACAAUGGAGGCCAGUUGCUGUUCGGCUUGGAUGGAUAUUUGUACAUUUUCACUGGAGACGGUGGAAAAGCCGGUGAUCCAUUUGGGAAGUACGGAAAUGCACAGAACAAGAGUGCUUUGUUGGGAAAAGUACUCCGGGUUGAUGUGGAUGUAAGGGACCCCAGAGGGAAACAAUACACAAUCCCCCACGAUAACCCUUUCAUCGGUGACCCAGACGCCCGGCCAGAGGUGUACGCAUACGGGGUGAGAAACAUGUGGCGAUGCUCUGUGGACCGCGGAGACCCAGUGAGCCAGCGUGGCCGGGCCAGGAUAUUCUGUGGAGAUGUCGGUCAAAACCGCUAUGAGGAGAUUGACAUUAUUGUGAAAGGAGGAAACUACGGAUGGAGAGCUAAAGAAGGUUUCGAGUGCUACGAUCUGAAACUGUGCCACAACCCCACACUGAACGACGUCCUGCCUAUCUUUGCCUACAGUCAUCAUGUUGGGAGAUCUGUGACGGGGGGAUUUGUGUACAGAGGAUGUGAAUCACCCAAUCUCAACGGCCUGUACAUAUUUGGAGACUUUAUGAGUGGUCGAAUAUUUGCACUAGAAGAAGACAAGACAACGGGACACUGGAAAGAAAGACGCGUGUGCAUGGGAGACACGAAAGCAUGCUCUUUUCCUGGACUCAUCAAUCAUCACCACAAGUUCAUCAUCUCAUUUGCUGAGGAUGAAGCAGGGGAACUGUAUUUUCUGGCCACCGCUUACCCGAGCUCCUCGUCUCCCUUUGGAGCGGUUUUCAGAUUCAUGGAUCCCUCCAGGAGAGCUCCUCCAGGGAAAUGUAAGCAGAAGCCAGUGCCUGUCAAAGUGAAAGGGAAAAAGAUUCCAUUUGUGCCCCAGGAACUGACUGUGCUGGACACAAGUGAAAAACCUACGAGACCACCACCGAGAAAAUUCAAACUCGCCACCAAACCACCAGCAACAAGCAGCCGGGUCAAACCUACGACGGCGACAACAGCAACGAUGACGAAGAAGGACACACAACCAAGGAAGGAAAAACAAAACAAAAAUCGGAACAUUCAGAUGAGGGAGAAGAAUUUGAGGCAGGAAUCCAAGGAACUGAUAAAGAAGUCAAAGGCGGUCAGUGGCAAAGCUAAAACUAAACCAAAGACCAAGAAAACUGCAUCAGCAGCAUCAGCA